AUGAUUGAGAAACUUGAAAAGAAAAAUGCUAAAGAGAAAGGGCCACUUGGGGAACAUGAAGAACCAACUGAUUCAAAAAGUGAAGUUGAUGAGAGAUGGGAAGCUGAUGUUGUUCAGAAACGAUCCGAUGAAUUUGGAAAGAAAUGUAACUGUCAUGCUGAAUUACUCACCAACUUUGCUCAUUCUGAAACCCUUGACGAAGCUCACAACUGGAUGCAUAAAAUGGACCACUUUGAGCAAAAGCAUCUGCAACUUGCAUCUGAGUAUAGGGUUAUAGGAGAGCUGAUGAUCCGUUUGAAAGACGCGACUGGGAAGGAGAGGUUUAUGAUUCUUCAUAAACUGAAUAGAGCCAUGAGAAUGGAUCAAUAUUUCAUUGAUGAUAAGGAUGAUAUAUUGAUAGAGAAGAUCAAUGCCAUUGACAGCAAGCUUGAAGAGAAGUUAGCGGCACUGGAUCAUACAUUUGGAAAGAAGGGGAGGGUUUUGGAGGAGGAGAUUAAAGAACUCGCAGAGGAGAAAAAUUGUUUAAAUGAGGAGAAAAGAAGACCACUUUACAGGAAAGGUUUUGAUACGCGAUUAGUUGAUAUGAACCGAACAUGUAAAGUAACUAAGGGUGAACAAAUUUUCAAGUACACGCCUAUGUUAGUUUGUGGGAACUACAAUGGAGUCAUUGGUUUUGCAAAGGGAAAAGGUCCAGCGGCUCCCAUUGCACUUCAAAAGGGCCGAUACCAUCUCAGAUAUGGUUAG